AUGGUAUCCCUAUUCUGGAGCUGGAUCUUCAUUCUUCAACUUUCCCUUGUCCGACCAGGCCUUGCCCAUGCCCGUGUCAGUCCCGACCAUGAAGUCCUCGCUCAGCGAGCGUUGGAGACAGUCUAUAUCCGUAGUCUCUCAAAGGCCGAGAAGACCAGGAACACCUUCAUUGCGCUUGCUAUCGCUGGUGCCGUGGUCCUGGUCGUUGGAAUCUUAGGUCUUUACCUGCUUUACCGCCGGCAAAAGCAGAAGAUUCCGGAGCCCGAAGCUGGUGCCGUUGAGAAACCCAGCUGGAGAAUGGUGGAUGCGAAGAAUGACAGGAUGGAUUGGUGGAGGUUGAGCCUCCGACUGCAACCCACAACACCGUCGGACCCUAAUCUCCCUGAGGGCUCCCGCAUCGAACGUCUGAAGGCUGCCCUCAAUAAGAAAGCUGGAAAGGCCCAACCCCUUCUUCCUACCCACACCAAGCCGAGUCCCACAGAAACAAUCCGCCUCCCGAUGCAAUCCAUCCCCGACGUGAAGCCGAAGUACCCGGACAUCCUCGAGAAGGAUUACCGCGCCCCCAUGUACCCUGUCGAUCAAUCCCCUCCUCAAAUCCCAACUCUUACACGGACGCUCUACGAUGGUGGCAAGCAGAUACCUUUGAACCCCCGAUCACCUCCCCGUGCCCUGAUCACUCAAGGAAUGGCUCGCUCAGGGUCUGGCCGUUCGGGACGCAGUGGUACACCCCGAUCGCCUGCCAACCGGAGGAGGAGCUGGCUGACGAGGCACCAAGUUCGUCAUCCCUUCCUCCCCCUAAAAGAUACGGAUGCGCAAGCGCCUCCUAUCUCUGCACCAAAGCCCGUUGCCAUCGACCCAUCGAACCCCAAACUCAACUACGCGGUCAGCAUGAGCAAGCCUCGCGCUGCACCCGUACCACCUCAAGGUCCGCGAGGAUCCCCAGUGGCCGCAAUUCCGCCGAAGGGUGCACUCAAGCGUCAUCCCACUCCUCUUCACCUCGAUGAUUCCGUUUCCGAACGCAAAGUUCGCUUUGGACUACCCGGAUCCCCUCGUCCAUCUCGCAUGGCUUCCCCAGCAAUGGCUUCCCCAGCAAUCUAA